AUGGCAUCUUUUUUUUCUGAUUUUGGUCUUAUGUGGUACUUGGAAGAGCUAAACAAGAAAGAAUUUAUGGAGUUUAAGGAAUUCCUCAAACAGGACAUUUUGCAGUUGGGGCUGAAACAGAUUUCUUUGACUGAAAUGAAGAAGGCGUCUCGGGAAGACCUUGCCAACUUACUGUUGAAACAUUAUGAGGAGAAGCAAGCCUGGGAUAUGACCCUCAAAAUCUUCCAGAAGAUGAAUAGGAAGGAUCUCAUUGAGAAGGCAGGAAGAGAGAUUGCUGGCAUGGUAGCAAGUAGUCCCCUUGUGCUCACUGACUCAGGACACUCAAAGUUAUAUCAAGCUCAUCUGAAGGAGAAACUGAACUGUUAUUUUGCCAGAAAGUUUAACAUCAAAGUUCAAGAUUUAGAGAAGCAGCAAUUUACCCGGGAUGACUGUGAUUAUUUUGAGACCGUUCUUAUACCAAAGGCAACUGGGAAGAAGCCACACAUGGUGUUCCUGAAAGGAGUGGCAGGAGUUGGCAAGUCACUGAUGUUGACACAGUUAAUGCUUGCCUGGUCAGAAGGUGUGGUGUUUCAGAACACAUUCUCCUACAUCUUCUACUUCUGCUGUCAAGAGGUGAGGAAGUUGAAGAGAGCAAGCCUGGCACAAUUGAUCUCCACAGAGUGGCCUACUGCCUCAGCUCCCAUAGAGGAGAUCCUGUCCCAACCCGAGAAAGUCUUAUUUAUCUUCGACAGCUUGGAAGCGAUGGAAUGUGACAUGUCCGAACGGGAAUCGGAGCUGUGUGAUAACUGCACCGAGAAGCAGCCAGUGAGUGUCCUGCUGAGCAGUUUGCUCAGGAGGAAGAUGCUCCCCGAAUGCUCUUUCCUCAUCUCUGCUAUCCCAGAGACUUUUGAGAGAAUGAAGGACAGGAUUAAGUGCACAAAUGUGAAAAUAGUAACAGGAUUCGAUGAAAGCAAUAUUAAGACACAUUUCCGCAGCUUGUUCCAAGAUAGGAACAGAACCCAGGAAAUCUUCAGUCUGGUGAGAGGAAAUGAGCAGCUGUUCACUGUUUGUCAGGUCCCUAUGCUCUGCUGGAUGGUGGCUACUUGUCUAAAAAGAGAGAUAGAGAAGGGAAGAGACCCAGCCUCCAUCUGCCGACGUGCCACCUCCCUGUACACCACUCACAUCUUCAAUGUGUUCAUGCCCCAAUGUGCCCAUUCUCCAAGUAAGAAAGGCCAAGACCAGCUGCAGGGCUUGUGUUCUCUGGCCGCCGAGGGCAUGUGGACCGACACAUUCGUGUUUGGUGAGGAGGCUCUCAGGAGAAAUGGGAUCAUGGACUCUGACAUCCCCACACUGCUGGACACAAGGAUCCUUGAAAAGAGGAAGGAAUCUGAAAACUCUUACACUUUCCUCCACCCAUCUGUCCAGGAGGUCUGUGCAGCCAUCUUUUAUCUGAUAAAGAGCCCCGUGGACCACCCUAGCCAGGACGUUAAAUGUAUAGAGACCCUCAUGUUUACAUUUCUAAAGAAAGUCAAAGUCCAGUGGAUUUUUUUGGGCUGUUUCAUCUUUGGCCUUUUACAUGAAUCAGAACAAAAAAAGCUAGAGGCGUUUUUUGGCCACCAGUUGUCCCAGGAAAUAAAGCAUCAGUUGUAUCAGUGCCUGGAAACCAUAAGAGGCAAUGAAGAGCUUCAAGGACAGAUAGAUGGCUUGAAGUUGUUUUCCUGUCUGUUUGAGAUGGACGAUGAAGCCUUCUUAGUACAAGCAAUGAACUGUAUGGAACAGAUUCACUUUGUGGCUAAGUGUUAUUCUGAUGUUGCUGUUGCUGCCUACUGCUUAAAACACUGUUCUACACUGAAGAAACUAUCGUUUUCAACCCAAAAUGUCCUGUGUGAAGAACCAGAUCACAGCUACACGGAAAAGCUACUCGAGUGUUGGCAUCAUAUGUGCUCUGUGCUCAUAAGCAGUAAGGACAUCUAUGUACUCCAAAUGAAAGACACUAAUCUCAAUGAAACAGCCUUUUUGGUCUUGUAUAAUCAUCUGAAGCACCUCAGCUGCACCCUUAAAGUACUUGUGGUAAACAAUGUGACCUUCCUAUUUGAUGAUACCCACCUGUUCUUUGAGUUUAUUCAGAGCCAGUGUUUGCAGCACUUGAACCUCAGCCUCACGUACCUGUCCCACAGUGAUGUGAAAAUGUUGUGUGAUGUCUUGAACCAGGCAGAGUGCAACAUAGAAAAGCUGAUGUAA